CUUUACAUAAUUACAUGCAUGCUUUUCACGUGAAAUACCCCUUUAAAAGCCCCGUUUCCUUGGAGCAUAUUGAGGCACAUCAUAACAAGUGGACAGUAAGCAGUCAGUGGUCUCUCUCUGGUCUCUGUUUAGUUACACUUCGCCGUCAGGAUGGUCUCGGCUUACCCUUUACCGGAGGGCUUCUCGGACUUCGAUGUUUUCUCCUUUGGAUCAUUUCUGCUGGUGGAGGGACUCCUUGGAAUCAUCCUCAAUGCUGUUACUAUCGUGGCUUUCUGCAAAGUGAAAGAACUGAGGACCCCCAGCAAUUUCCUCGUUUUCAGUUUGGCAAUGGCUGAUAUUGGAAUCUCCAUGAAUGCCAGCGUCGCGGCUUUCUCCAGCUUUUUGAGGUACUGGCCGUAUGGCUCCGAUGGUUGCCAGACCCACGGGUUCCAAGGUUUCACAGUAGCUCUUGCCAGCAUCCAUUUUGUUGCCGCCAUCGCAUGGGACAGAUAUCACCAGUACUGCACCAGGACCAAACUGCAGUGGAGCAGUGCCGUCACUCUGAGCGUGUUCAUCUGGCUGUUCAGCGCAUUCUGGUCCGCCAUGCCCCUGAUCGGAUGGGGAGCGUAUGACUACGAACCCCUCAGGAGCUGUUGCACCCUGGACUACACCAAGGGAGACCGGAACUAUGUCUCUUACCUGAUCCCCAUGACCGUCUUCAACAUGGUGGUCCAGAUCUUCGUGGUCAUGUCCUCCUACCAGUCCAUUGACCAGAAGUUCAAGAAGACCGGAAACCCAAGGUUCAAUGCCAGCACCCCUCUGAAGACUCUCCUGUUCUGCUGGGGUCCCUAUGGAAUCCUGGCUUUCUACGCUGCUAUUGAGAACGCCUCACUGGUCUCCCCAAAGCUGAGGAUGAUGGCUCCUAUCCUGGCAAAGACAGCGCCCACCUUCAACGUGUUCCUGUACGCCUUGGGAAACGAGAACUACCGCGGGGGCAUCUGGCAACUCCUCACCGGGGAGAAGAUCGUGCCUCAAGAAGUGCCUCAGAUUGAGAACAAGUCCAAAUAAAAACUCAAGUA